AUGAAUAGAGAGUCUGAGGGGGAGUACGCUAAUCUGGUACAGGAGCUAAAACUUUAUCAUGGCCGGUUCCGUACAUACUUUCGAAUGUCCGUGGGACAAUUUGAGGAGCUCCUCCAGACAGUGGCACCGCAUCUGACGAGACAAACCACAAACUUCAGGGAACCAAUCGAUCCGGAGCAGCGUUUGGCAGUCUGCUUAAGAUUCCUUAGCACUGGGGAUUCUUUCACCACCAUAGCCGCCAGUUUCCGCCUUGGAAUUUCCACGGUGUCCAACAUUGUGAAGCAAACCUGUGAUGUCCUCUGGGAGACCUUAAAAGACACCUACAUGCAAGUCCCCAAUGAGGAGCUCUGGAAGACAACUGCCCUGAGAUUUUCUGAAAAAUGGAACUUCCCCAAUUGUAUCGGUGCUUUGGAUGGGAAGCACAUUGCGAUUCAGGCACCAGCUAAUUCUGGCUCCCAGUUUUUCAAUUAUAAGGGCACCUUUUCUGUGGUUCUGCUUGCCUUGGUUGAUGCUGACUACCGCUUCCUAGUGGUGGAUGUAGGGGCAUCAGGCAGCAAUAGCGAUGGUGGAAUAUUUUCCAAUUCUUUAUUGGGACAUGCCCUAAAUACUGGGACUUUAAACGUUCCAGAGCCUUCUCAUCUGCCAUCUGCACCAGAGCUGGGGGCGUUACCGUUUGUUAUUGUUGCAGAUGAGGCAUUCCCUCUGAAAACUUUUCUCCUCCGUCCCUACCCUGGAAGACGUCUGCCAGAUGACCAGCGUGUGUUCAACUACCGGCUCUCCCGGGCUCGACGUGUAGUUGAGAAUGUUUUUGGCAUUCUCAGCCAGUGCUGGAGAGUCUACCAGCGCCGUCUGCAAGUGGCUCCAGAGACAGCUGACAGCAUUGUGAAGGCAACUUGCAUCCUGCACAACUUUCUGCGAAGGGCCAAUGGGAACCACGGUGCAGAGCCGGACAGUUCUGAUGGCGCAGAGGGCAGUGAGCUGGUUGACAUCAGAGGUCUUCGAGGGAACAGGGCAUCAGCUGAGGCACUGAGGGUGCGGGACACAUUCAGACGUUAUUUUAACUCACCUGCGGGACAAGUUCCAUGGCAGGUUUCUCAUGUGAACCGAGGUCUCCCUCAAUGA